AUGGACUUAGCAAUGAGGAGUUACCUGGGUUCCACUUGUGAAUCCAUUACGGGUGGCUUGUCGUGGUAUCUAAAAUCGCACGGAAUGUCUGCCGUUGGCAUCACGGAUCAUGCGGAGGAUUGCGAAAAAAACAGGCGCCUCUUACGAUUUUCAAUUAUUAAUACAGGUCCGAAUAUGGCUGGUGGUAAAGCGGGGAAAGACUCUGGAAAGGCUAAGGCGAAAGCUAUUUCACGCUCCCACAGGGCAGGCUUACAGUUUCCGGUCGGCCGUAUUCAUCGUCACUUGAAAACGCGUACUACCAGUCAUGGACGAGUUGGUGCCACUGCUGCUGUCUACUCUGCAGCAAUCUUGGAGUAUCUAACGGCCGAAGUUUUGGAGCUAGCCGGCAAUGCCAGUAAGGACCUAAAGGUGAAGCGUAUUACACCCCGUCACUUGCAACUGGCUAUUCGGGGAGAUGAGGAACUUGACACUCUCAUCAAGGCAACGAUCGCUGGUGGAGGUGUCAUCCCCCACAUUCACAAGUCCCUUAUUGGGAAGAAGUUGCCCCCGUCCAAACCUCUUGGUGUUUAA